CCUAACCUAACAGACAAGAACAAGGGUGGGGGGGUGCGAUAAUCCUCUGUGUAUUUCUAGGUGUCUCACAGCUACUACCCCACAAAGAAACAGAUGCUGUGCUUGUUGCUACAGGAGGCAGCUGUUACAGUUUGCGCAUUCUGGGGAUGAAGAACAAUGCGACAGGAUCCUUCUGUUAGUCCAGUGAGGGAGUGAUAAAGGAGGGCUUGAUAAGGAAAUAAGAGUGGCUCAACAGGAAUGGUAUGUGGGAGCCAUAGACUUCAGAGGGGCUCUUUUGGUUCCACACCAUCUGGAACUGUGGCCUGAAGAUCUAAUCUGUGUUAUCUUUGGGAACAAUCCAACCUGGUGAAGUGUGUGUGGAACUGUCCUGUGGAUAAAUUAUCUAUCAGCAUCAAGAGUUAUUGUGAACCUUACAAAAUGUUGCCUGUCCAUCGAAACAUGAAGAAGAAGAAUCUGGUGAUUGGGAUCCUCGUAGUAGUGCUCUUGGUUCUCACUGUUUUCCUUGGCUUUUUCUUUGGGCUGCGCUCUAAGUCUUCCUUUGCACAACAAGAUCUGAAUGUCUAUCAGAGGGCAGCUGUGGCCGCUGAUGCAGGCCAGUGCUCCAUUGUGGGGAGGGAUAUCCUUCAGAACGGGGGGUCAGCUGUGGAUUCCUCCAUUGCCGCUUUGCUUUGUAUGGGCCUGAUGAAUCCACACAGCAUGGGCAUUGGAGGGGGCCUCUUCUUCACUAUAUACACUGCUGAUGGGAAAGUUGAAGUCAUUAACGCCAGAGAGGUGGCGCCGAAGAAUGCGUCACUGGAUAUGUUUGGCAACAACACAGCCCUGUCCCAGAAAGGAGGAUUGUCCAUUGCUGUUCCUGGAGAAAUCCGUGGUUAUCAAAUGGCGCACAAGCGCCAUGGCAAGUUGCCGUGGAAGGAGCUGUUUCUGCCCAGCAUCAAAUUGGCAAGAGAAGGCUUCCCUGUUGGGAAAGGCUUGGCAGGAGCCCUCGGAGCCAAAGAGAAGGCAGUUGAAAACAAUCCAUCUUUGUGUGAGGUCUUCUGCAGAGAAGGAAAAGUUCUCAAGGAAGGGGAGAUACUCAGACUGCCUAAGCUAGCGGACACCUAUGAGAUAUUAGCCAAUGAGGGACCAGAUGCCUUUUAUACCGGGAGCUUAGCUCAGCAAAUUGUCGCAGACAUCAAGAAUGCAGGAGGGAUAAUUACACUUGAAGACCUGCAGGAUUACAAACCAGUUCUAGAUGAAAAUCCAUUACAUGUAACCAUUGGUGAGUUCACAAUGUAUGUGCCCAGCGCUCCACUGAGUGGUCCUGUGCUAGCGCUCAUCCUCAAUAUUCUGAAAGGAUUUAAUUUCUCCAGCAACAGUAUUGAGACUCUGGAGGAAAAGGGUUUGACUUACCACCGCAUUGUGGAGGCUUUCCGGUUUGCCUAUGCGAAGAGGACUUUACUGGGGGAUCCAGCAUUUGUCAACAUCACUGGGGUUAUCAACAACAUGACAUCAGAGUCCUUUGCAGCUGGCCUACGGGCCAAACUCACUGACAAUUCUACCCACAAGGUUGGAUACUAUGACCCAGAGUACUACACUCCAGAUAAUGCCGGUACAUCCCACCUCUCCAUUGUGGCCGAUGAUGGCAGUGCUGUGUCCGCCACCAGCACCAUCAACCAAUACUUUGGGUCAGAUGUUCGUUCCAAUGUGACUGGAAUUAUAUUUAAUGAUGAAAUGGAUGACUUCAGCUCCCCUCUACUUGUUAAUGGUUUUGGGGUUCCACCUUCGACUGCAAACUUCAUUGCCCCAGGUAAACGGCCUCUCUCUUCUAUGUGUCCAGCCAUUCUUGUGGAUAAGAAGAACAUAGUCAAGAUGGUGGUUGGUGCCUCUGGGGGAACAAAAAUUACCACAGCAACAGCACUGACAAUCAUCAAUUCCCUUUGGUUUGGCUAUGAUGUUAAGAAGGCUGUGGAAGCACCCCGAGUCCACGAUCAGUUGUUCCCCAAUAUUACUGAACUGGAGCUGGAUAUAGAAAAGGGAAUAGAAGAAGAGCUAAAGAAAAGACUGCAUGAGACUGAACGUGUCAGUGGGGGAGCUGUUGUGCAGGCCAUUCUCAGGACAGAUGGUGGUUGGGCUGCAGCGUCAGAUUCCCGGAAAGGGGGAUAUCCAGCGGGCUACUGAACCUGUAUUUAGGUUGCUUGGCUGGAUCAUGUCCUGAAUUUUACAACCAGUGUCAAACAUCUGGAGCCCAAGACAAACACGCCCCAAGCUUCCCCCCCCUUAGGGUGAUGGGCAAGAUCUAUGUCCCCCAUGUUUCAAAAUAUUACAGGUAAACCUGGAAGUGACCAUCAGCCCAAAGAUGUUGAUCUAAACUGUCCUAUAACAUCAAGACCUUAAGGGAAGUUCCAAUUCCUUAUUAUAUUAUUGCUGAGGGGAAAAGUUAUAAAGGGAUGAAUGUCUGCUUGUGAAAACAAUCAAAGAUAGUUUGGACCAGAAAUGGACUUGUUAUACAUAGCAGAUGAGCUCCUGCAUCAUUUUCAGAUGUGAAUCUAUAAAAAAACCUUUUCAAAUAAAUACUGCCAUUGAAUAACCAGGAGGAAAAAAUUGGACUGGUUUGAUGAUGAAUGAAGAGACCAUUCUCCCCAGCAGUCUGCUCCAUUUCAGUCCCAUGGCCUCUGUGUAACGGUGAAAGAACUAGUAUGUCAAAACUGAUUACAAGACAUUUAUUGAAACAGAACAAAAGGGGACACUGAAAAUUGUUCUGGUUAACCGCAGUUAGGCAAUAGCAAACUUUUGCACAAAUCACAACAAACUGGAAUUUGGUUAGAGUACUUGUGGAUGCUAUUACCUGUUUGAUUCAUGGGCAAGAAAUUAGUUGUCAGGAGCAGGAGUUGCUGUGUUUGGGUGUGGGCUCGGUUUUAAAAAUCAGGAGUGUUUGAUUUAUUCAUCCCUGAAGCUCUCCGUUUAGAAAUUUUAGGAAAAGCCUAAACUAAAGAAAAAUCCCAAUCAACAGGGAGAAUUUUUGUUGCCAUGAUCUGGUGAAACUGCAAAAGCAAAAAAUUAAACCUUUAUAUUCUCCUAUAAGAUCAUUCAUUUAUCCCACCCAUAAAAUACUAUGUUAAUUAUGUAAAAGGAGGUUUAAAUGAUGUACAGGGAUAACCAGUGUACUAUGUUCUACUCAACUGAGUCCUGUAUUUGGUCAAAUGAGAGAGCCUUCUUAACAGCGGUUCAGAUUACAUUUGAAAAAUAAUUCAAGGUUUGAAUGUGGAUCCUUGUGCUUAGCUUAUUUAUCUUCCCCGCAUGGUAUCUGGAAUCUCUGCAGAAAUAAACUCUCUCCAUGAGACUGUCCAUUAACAGGGAGAGUUCAGUUUCCAAAAGAAGAAAAUAGAGAUGUAGUGGGUUGAAAGGAAAGUGAUGUUCAAGAGGGAAAAUGGUUUUUUUUAAUGAGAAUUAAAUCAGACUAUCCUAAUUGCCUGGUUUGUAUAUAUUCAGUUGUGAUUUUUUAAGGACCAAUUUAAAACAACCAGUAAUAAAGGAUUUAACUAAUUAGAGCUCCUACGACAACAUGAGGUUUAAAGCAUGAGACACGGAUUUUAUUAUUUAGUAAAUUUCUUCAAGUACUACUACAGAACUUUUAGGAUGCAAAAUGGAAACAAUAAGGGACGUGACUCAGGUUCCACAAAUGGAUCCUAUUAAAAUUGUGUUUCUCUGAUCAUGGCUGUCGAACAAGUUAUUUCCAGUUUCUCAAAAUCAUAAGAACCAUGAAAGAGAGAUGUCAUUGUAUUCCCUAAAUGUACUUGAAUGGCUUUAAAAAAAACUCUAAUAAAUAUUUUUUAAAAAUG